GUGCUUCGGUUAUGGGAUGGAAAUCCUGUGAAUGAUCAUUACACAACUACAGAUGUGAUACAUUCAUUUGAGUAAUUAAAAAAAGGGAGAAAAAAAAAACCUGCAGCUCCUGAAAAGAAGGGAUGAGAAAGAGCCUGGAUAGCAUGUACCUAUCAUGUCAGAUCUUCCCUUUAAUCAUCCCCAGUGAUUAAGUUGCUCCUAUUUCUCAGGAGAAGUAGGGGGGAUGAGGAGGCAGAGACAAGUGCAGAAUUAUUGUGCAAAUGGGAGUCCCUUAGCAUUGAAGGGAACAUCCGAAAUGGGAAAGAAAUGUGCUAUUUCAUACGUAGGCAGUACCUAUUUGGUGAGUUAAUUUAUGAAUGAAAGAGUAUAAUAUGAUGUGACACACUGAGCACCUCAUUUCUUCUGAUCAAGGGAAACACUAUAAAGUCAGGGAGUUCCCAGUGGCCACAUCAGAUCCACCUUACCUGAUUUUGUACAAUUUCAGAUACUAAAAAACCACCGAAUGGAGCUCUGGAACUCCUCCCUGGGAAGUGGCUUCAUCUUGGUGGAGAUUCUGAAUGACAGUGGGUCUCCUGAGCUGCUCUGCGCCGCAAUCGCAGUCCUGUACAUGCUGGCCCUGACCAGCAAUGGCCUGCUGCUCCUGGUCAUCACAGUGGAUGCCCGGCUCCACGCGCCCAUGUACCUGCUGCUCGGGCAGCUUUCUCUCAUGGAUGUGAUGCUUGCAUCUGUAGUUACUCCAAAAACACUUGUGGAUUACCUGUGUGGGGAGAAUGCCAUCUCCUUUGGGGGCUGUGCCCUUCAGAUGUUCCUGGUACUGACCCUGGGUGGUGCAGAGGGCCUCCUACUGGCUUUCAUGGCCUAUGACAGGUAUGUGGCCAUUUGCCAUCCUCUGAACUACAUGAUCCUCAUGAGGCCACAGAUCUGUUGGCUCCUGGUGGCCACAUCUUGGAUCCUGGCGUUCCUGAAUUCUGUGAUACACACCUCAUAUACUAUGCAUUUGCCUUUCUGCACAUCCCGGGCUAUCAGGCACCUGCUCUGUGAGGUCCCGCCCUUGCUAAAGCUGGCCUGCGCGGAUACCUCUGGAUAUGAGUUCAUGGUAUAUGUGUCAAGUGCAACUUUUCUCAUGCCUGCCCUCGCUGCUAUCCUUGCCUCCUAUACGUCUGUCCUAGCUGCUGUCCUCCGCAUGUCCUCAGGCGAGGGAAGGCAGAAAGCCCUCGUCACCUGCUCUUCUCAUCUGACGGUGGUGGGGAUGUACUACGGAGCUGCCAUGUUCAUGUACCUCCAGCCCAGUUCCUACCAUAGUCCCCCACAGGACAACAUCCUCUCUGCAUUCUAUAUUAUCGUUACUCCAGUACUGAACCCUCUCACCUACAGUCUUAGAAACAAGGAGAUAAUGGGGGCCUUCAGGAGGGUGCUGGGGAGACUGCCUUUUGUUCAGGGGUGGUAGAAGCCAGUGUCAUACGGAAGCCCUGUAACUUCUAGAUGGGACUCCACAGCUGCUCUUGCUCUCGUCUGGCUUCUUGUACAUGAUGAAAAUUCCGGAAACCCGCCACCUUGGAGCUACAUCCUCAUUUGGCCCUAUUUUGUCUCCAGCGGCUCUAUGCUUUGACAGCGACAGAUGCAUCCAUUUCUCUGAUCAGCAUCUCAGGGUCUGGUUUAAAUUCUUCUGUUCUGACAGAGAUGAUCUUAUUUUUUUACUUCAUAUUUUCUCUUUUCUUCCUCUACAGCAAUCCUAUACCCAAUCACACAGGAAGUUAGCCAGAUUUUUUGAUAGUUCAAUUUAAAGUAGAAAAUAAAAGCUAAAGAGGAAAAUGAAGAUGGAAUAAAGAUUCAAAUGUUGGGCUUUAUAAGUUCUAGUGACCAAAUUCUCAAUUCUUCCGUCCUUAUUAGUAUGCUUUCAUAUUCAUAUAAUACUGGAGGCUUUACAGUGGACAGAUCCUCCCAGGUCCAUACCACAGUUCUAGACUUUGAAAAAAAUUCCUAUCCAAUACAUCCAUUGUGGAUUCUAGCAUCAAACUCCUUAAGCUGCCCAUAUUGCAUUAGGACAGCAAUACGCUAUGUCUCAAGUGUUUUUGUAUUAUUUACAAAUAAACUUCAUUAAAAAAUAUGGACAUUUGUUUUUUUGGCUUUUCAGGGCUGCACCCAUGGCAUAUGGAAGUUCCCAGGCUAGGGUCUGAAUCAGAGUUGAAGCUGCUGGCCUAUACCACAGCCACAGCAACACCAGAACUGAGCCACGUCUGUGACCUACACUGCAGCUCAUGGCAACCAGUGGAUCCUUUUACCUGCUGUGUUACAAAUACAAUCUCAAUAAACUUCAAAGAAUAGCUAUUAUACAAACAGCAUGCAUAUGGCGUUAUCUACAAGAAGUGGGAAUGAAUAGAUUGGCGGGGGCAGGGUUAUGAGCUAGACUCUCCAGCUAGACAUUACUUCAU